AUGGCCAUGACUCACUGUGUCCAAGAACUCGUUCGCGUCAUGCGCGACUCGGACGAGGGCGUCGAGGUUUGCGAUCGCCGCUGGCGUAUGCGCCGAUUCCGCAAGUGCUUUGUGGGAAGCGAGCUAGUGGAUUGGAUCCUGACGUACUAUGCAGUGAUGGACUACACGUCGACCAUGGCCCGCGCCCGUGCCGUGGCGCUCGGCCAGAUGCUGAUGGACCAGGGUCUCUUUGCGCAUGUGGUCGACCCGGAGAAGCCGUUUCUUGACGAGAAGCUGUUCUACUCGUUUGCGCCUGUUGGCGCCGACGAGCUCAUUGGCUGCGUCGCCAACCUCGGCGGCGAGGACAUCGAGGGCCCGACUGACAUGGAGCUCAUUGACAUUGCUGUCCGUGCACUCAACAUCGAUCCCGCGCUGUUUGGCGACGACGGCAGUGCGGCGCAGGAGUCGCCAGUCAACGAGGCCGAAGCCCGCGACCGCGAAAUCAAGCUCCUCGCCGACACCUUUGCCAAGCAUCCGCCGGUGGAGAUCAAGGACCGCAAGUACCGGCUCCGCACCUACAAGCAGUGCUUCCUCGGCUCGGAGCUCAUCGACUGGCUCUGCGUCGAGCUCAAGUGCUCGCGACCCAAGGCGCUCUCGGUCGCGAAGCGCAUGGAAAACGCCGAGAUCUUUGCCCACGUCGUCGGCGACCACAAGAUCAAGGACGAGCCGCUCUUCUACCACGUCACCGUCGCCACGGGCGACUCGACGCCCGACUCGACGCUCUACGACUUUUCCAUGGACACGCUCUUCCACGAGCCGUUCGACUUUGGCGCCCUCCGUGGCAAGGUCGUCAUCGUCACCAAUGUGGCGUCGUUCUGA